AUGAUUUCAACAUAUUUCCAUUGCAUAAUUCUUCUGCUUCUUUCCCUUGUCUCAUCAUAUGCUGAGACCAACAAUAAUUUUUCAUCUUCUUCGAUUUUGAGCACCUCGAAAAAGGAAUCAGAAAGGCUGUUCAAGGGUUUAAACCAAUGUCCAGCUGAACUAGACAACAUUAAUGUCGUAGGAAAUGAUCCAUCUGCACCCAAACUGGUGGAGAAGACUAUUCGAUUUCAAAAACUUAUUGAUAAUCGAACCGAUAUUGCAAGUCGUCGAAAAAUAAGUAUUGAAGAGUUUGGGCAUCAUGCUGGCUAUUUCAGUCUUUUGCACACGAAAGGGGCCAGGAUGUUUUACUAUUUCUUUGAAUCAAGAAACAACAACAAAAAUGCCCCAGUGGUCGUGUGGUUAACCGGAGGACCGGGAUGCAGUGGUGCCCUAUCUUUGUUCUAUAUCAAUGGACCAUUUCACUUGGCAGACGAUUUGUCACUAAAAUGGAAUGAUUUUGGUUGGGAUAAAGAGUCGAACAUCAUAUAUGUGGACCAGCCAAUAGGAACUGGUUUCAGUUAUUCAACGAAGGACAACAUUCGGACCUACUCAGAGGAAGCUGCUGUUGAUUUCUAUGAGUUCUUACAGGAGUUUUUUAAAAAGUAUCCUGAGUAUGCCAAGAAUGACUUCUUCAUCGCUGGAGAAUCAUAUGCUGGCCAUUACAUUCCUGCUUUUGCCACUGUGAUCCAACGAAGAAAUCAAAUGAAACAAGGGAUUAAAAUAAACUUGAAGGGAGUAGCCAUUGGAAACGGCAUGACAAAUCCAUCGAUCCAGCAUAAAGAAAAUCUUGAUUAUGCUUUAAAAACAAAUAUAAUCUCCUUGUAUCGAUACAUGAGGCUGCGUAGUUCAGCUUCUAAAUGUCAGAACGAAGCAAAAGAUUGUGAAAGAACCGAUCCAACGGCUUGUUACAAAGCCUUCGUCACUUGCAAUACUCUUCUCAACAAUAUUAUUAAAUAUGCACCCAACAAUAUGAAUUCCUACGACAUUCGUAAAAAAGCUGUAGGUUCCAACAAUUACGACUAUUCGAAAUUGAAUAAGUUUCUCGAUCAAAAGCCAGUGAAGGAGGCUUUGGGUGUUCCAGGAAGACCGUUUGUUUUAUGCAGCGAUAGAGUUUUGAGGGCGAUGGAUUACGAUAAGAUGAGAAACUUCGCGGUUUAUAUUACACCAUUAUUGGAGAGUGGAGUGAGGGUUUUGGUAUAUGCUGGCGAAUUCGAUCUUGUUUGCAGUUGGCUGGGAAUUUCGAAAUGGGUCGAGGAACUAAAAUGGCCUGGUUAUUCAUCGGCUCGAUUUUCUGAUUUCAAGGUGGAUAAUAAGAAAUGUGGUUCGGUGAAAGGUAAAGGACCUCUCACAUUCUUGAAGGUCUUCAAUGCCGGUCACAUAGUCCCGAUGGAUCAACCAAAAGCGUCGCUGGAAAUGAUGAGGAGAUGGAUGCAAAACAAGCCUUUAUGA